UAUUACUAAAAAUGUCACUCCUACGUUGCUUUCCUUUUCUGCUCCCUUUCCUCAGUUUUGGUGCAGAGACUGAAAACAGAGAAAGGUAGGACUUAAAGAAAGGGAUGCACGAGUUUCAAAGCCAAGGAAAGGAUAAAACAGUUCCUGAAGAAGAAAGUGUGAGUGCAGGGUAGAUAAGGAAAAGAUGCUGCUCCUUCCUAUAAUUAGAGAAAGUCAAAUUCAAACAUUAGCAAGCACUUCUGGUUUCUGGUUCUGUUAGGAAAAAGACUAACAGGGGCCCAAGUAUUGGGGGAGGUACGGAGCCUACAUGCGCCUGCCGCACUGCUUGUGGGAGUGGAAAUUGGGGGCUAGAGCUCACGGGUGACGUGGCCGUCACGUGAUCCAGAGCCGCCUAGAGCCCAAGUCCAGUUAGUCGCCUCCGACUGGGUACCAGCCCCCUAUUACUCUGCAGGCGUGUGAAGGAAGAAGGAAACUAGCCGGGACCGCUCAGCUAGCACUCCCGUCCCCUCUGUCCCCCGUCAGUUUGCAGGUCUGUAGGUCGCCGCACAAGCCUUGGCCAGAGAAGGAGCAAAUCGCUUCGGCUGGCUGGAACCUUGCUGCAGGAUUCGAAGUUGUCCUUCUUUGAGACCAUCCAUCUAUCACCCUGAAGGAAACAGCAAAAGAGAAGAGAAGAAAAAGAAAUUCACUUGACUUUUGGAGAGACUCAUCACAAGAAUCACAGGAGCCUAGGAGAGCCUGAAGAUAACUACCCUACAGCAUUAUUCACCCUGAUCCUAAGAGUCCUCUUCAAUCCAGUGUAAUAAGGCCCUCUCUCCCUGGGUCCAAGGCUUCAACGGAUACAAGCAUGGGUCGGGCCCGGGAAGUGGGUUGGAUGGCAGCAGGACUGAUGAUUGGGGCUGGUGCCUGCUACUGCGUUUACAAACUGACCUCAGGAAGAGAAGAGAGUGACGAGUUGGAGGAUGAAGAGGAAGAUCAAUGGGAUGAUGAUGAGGACCUGGAUGAGGAGGAAAUAGAGAUUUGGUUUGAUUUCACAGCAAUGGCUCGGCCUUGGAGUAAGGACGGGGAUUGGGAUGAACCUGGGGCCCCAGGUGGCACAGAGGACAGACCCUCAGGUGGUGGUAAGGCUAACAGAGCACACCCAAUAAAACAGCGACCAUUCCCCUAUGAACAUAAAAAUACAUGGUGUGCUCAAAGCUUUAAAACUUUCAGUUGUGCUCUUGACAUAUCCAAGUGUCCUUCCAUUCAAAGAAAACUGCUAUUUGCUGAUUCCACAAAUGCUGGCUUUCCACUUAGCCACAAUGUCAACAGGCAUUUGGCCGGCUUCUCAAUGGUUGGAAACAGGAUCCCCAUUUCCCAGCCCACUGUGAGAGACAAGGCUUUACGUGUACCAGAAAACCCGAAUGCCAGUGUUGAAAAUCAGGGUCAGAUUAAGAUGUACACCGAUGAAGUGUGUCGGGAAACUGUGUUACGUUGCUACAACUCAUUUCUGCAGCAGGCUGGAUUAAAUUUGUUAAUACGCAUGACAGUUAUUAAUAACAUGCUUGCCAAGCCCAUUUCAGACUUGAAGUUUCCUUUGCUAUCAGACGGAAGUGGCUGUGCAAAGGUUCAGGUUGGGGAACCCCUGAUGCGUUUGCCUGAAAAGCCAGUGUGGGCAGGGGAAUUGCUGAGUGUCCAAACGCUGUUGUCAUUCAUGUCUCUCUUUCUGAGAAGUGGAAACAGGGAGCUUCUCAUGGAAGCCCUCUCCCCAUAAGUGGGCUGUCUCAAACAGAAAGAGACUGAAUCCACCCAAAGCCCACUGUUUGCAGAUGGCAAAGAACCAGCAGUGGGUGCUACUGAGAAUGCAGCCUUAGCAGGUCAGCAUGUCCCUGGGUGAAAACUCCAGUCGCUAAUCAGGACCACAUCCUCCUUGGCCAGGCAGCUCCCACAGAGAUUGGGUAACUUCUGGGUUUUGCCAUCUGCAGGUAAAGCGUGCUGUAAAUUGCUCCCUUGCAGCCUUCUUCAUGGGUAAGGGGAUCACCGUGGCUGCCAGCCAUGGAUAACGAACAUCAAAUCACGGCAUCACGAGUGCUGUCAUUGCCUGUGAUGAUCUCCCUGUCUAAGCGGGACCACUUAGCAGAAAUCACACCCAUAUGGGAGCUCGUGCUGAACAGGCAUUUGCUGCUUCUUAGGUUGAACUACUUUCCCUUUACUCUUUACACCAGCUGAUGCAUGGCAAACAUGUUCAUCAAAGAAAUGCAUUCCCCUCUGUCCAUUGUACUCACAUGCCCUGUUCACCCAAGUCCCCACCUGUGUGUGUCAUCAAUAAACUUGUGGCUUGAUUGGCAAAACAAGAAAUAAAUUAAAAAGGCAUGGUCCUUGUCCUUGA